UCUCUCUCUCGUUCUCCUCUCUCCCUCUCUCCCUCUCUCUCUCUCGCUCUCUCUGUCUCUCUGUCUCGGUAUACACCGUUCGGUACCGGCUCUUCCGCGUAUAGAUGUAGACUGCAGCCGGAGCUCACAGUUGUCGCCUCUGCGCCAUGGAGGACUGCUGCUCCCCAGAAAGCGAGAGGAUGGAAGCGUGGCUGGACGACCACUUGGAGUUCACCCACUCCUACUUUAUCAGGAAGGCGUCAAGGACCCCAGGUUCAAUGCUGAGGUGGACUUGAUCACAGGUUACAAAACCCAGAGCAUCCUUUGCCUGCCCAUCAAGAACCACAGAGACGAGGUAGUUGGAGUGGCUCAAGCUAUCAAUAAGAAAUGUGGGGAGGAUGGGGCCUUCACUGACCAGGAUGAAAAGGACUUCUCGGCCUAUUUGGCCUUCUCAGGCAUCGUCCUGCACAACGCUCAGCUCUACGAGACAUCGCAGCUGGAAAACAGACGCAAUCAGGUGCUGUUGGACCUGGCCAGUCUCAUCUUUGAGGAGCAGCAGUGUCUGGAGGUUUUACUGAGGAAGAUCGCAGGAACCAUCCUGUCUUUUAUGCAGGCCCAGGCUUGUACAGUCUUCAUCGCUGACGAAGACUCCAUGAACUCCUUCUCCAGUGUCUUUCACAUGGAAUAUGAGGAGCUGGGUGAAGUCCUAGACGCCCCCAAAAGGGACUGUGAUGUCAGUCAGAUUAACUACAUGUACGCCCAGUAUGUUAAAAACACCAUGCUGCCUCUCAACAUCGCAGACGUCACCAAGGACCAACGCUUCCCCUGGACAAGUGAAAACCCAGAUCACACCAGCAACCAGAUAAAGAGCUUGCUCUGCACUCCCAUCAGGAAUGGCAAGAAGGACAAAGUCAUAGGUGUGUGUCAGUUGGUGAACAAAAUGGACGAAGCAUCAGGCAGCGUGAAGGCCUUCAACAGGAACGAUGAGCAGUUCCUGGAGGCUUUUGCAAUCUUCUGUGGCCUCGGCAUCCAAAACACACAGAUGUACGAAACAGUGGAGAGAGCCAUGGCCAAGCAAGAGGUCACUCUGGAGGUCUUGUCCUAUCAUGCCUCCGCCGCAGAGGAAGAAUCGCGGGAACUCCAGGUGGCCACAGUGCCGUCAGCCCAAUCAUUACGUCUCCUGGACUUCAGCUUCAGUGACUUUGACUUGUCAGACACAGAAACCACGCUGGGUACUAUCCGCAUGUUUGUCGACCUCAACCUGGUCCAGAACUUCCAGAUGAAGUACACGAGUUUAUGCCAGUGGAUUCUGAGUGUGAAAAAGAACUACAGGAAGAAUGUGGCUUAUCACAACUGGAGACACGCCUUCAACACUGCUCAGAGCAUGUUCGCCCUCCUCAAGUCGGGACGCUUACAGAAUAACCUGAGCGAUCUGGAGGUCUUGGCUCUGAUGAUUGCAACUCUCAGCCACGACCUGGACCACAGAGGAGUCAACAACUCCUACAUACAGAGGAGCGACCACCCACUGGCCCAGCUCUACUGCCACUCCACCAUGGAGCAUCACCAUUUUGACCACUGCCUCAUGAUCCUCAACAGCCCCGGAAACCAGAUCCUGAGCAGUCUCUCCCUGGACGAGUACAAGGCCACUCUGAAGAUGAUCGAGAGGGCUAUUCUGGCCACUGACCUGGCCCUGUACAUGAAGAGGCGCGGGGAGUUCUUUGAGCUCACCAAGAACAGCCAGUUUGUUUGGGAGGACGAACAUCACAGAGACUUACUGAGGUCAAUGCUGAUGACUGCAUGUGACAUCUCAGCCAUCACCAAGCCCUGGCCAGUGCAAAAAAGGAUUGCAGAGCUGGUAGCCACUGAGUUCUUUGAACAGGGGGAUAAGGAGAGACGUGAGCUGAACAUUGAGCCCAGUGACCUGAUGAAUCGUGAGAAAAGAGAUAAGAUUCCCAGCAUGCAGGUGUCUUUCAUUGAUGCCAUCUGCACUCAGUUAUAUGAGACCUUGGCUGGCAUGUCGGAGUAUUGCUCCCCGUUGCUGGAAGGGUGUCAGAAAAACCGGCAGCAUUGGAAGCGUUUGGCCGAGGAGUGUGAGAAGGGGGUGGUCAACGGCUUGGUGUGAUCCCAACACCAGUUUGGCUCUCAGUCAACACCAAUUCCCAGGGUUCGCCCUGUGCAACCUGGUCUCAUAAAACUUGAUGAAAUUAGCAUGAUACCUACAAGAACCAAUUAAUUAAUUUCCAUAUCAGGAAAAAAUGAUGUGUUAGGAAAACAAAAAGACCAAACAAAAAAGGUUGGUUUGUCAGUGAAAGGGAAGACCCCCUUCCCUUCAACUUUAGAAACCUUAGAGCAGAUUUUCUGACACUUAAAAGAAUAAAUCCAGUUUCUAUUAAUCUGCCUUAUUUUUUCAGGCUUGUCCAUCCUUCCUCUCUGUAAUAAUAAGGUUCUAAUCACCAAGUUGAAUUGCUCAGAUCUGAGAAUGUGGCAGCAACAGUAAAGAAGACUAAGAACCAUGCCAAGAAGUCAGGCGGUGGUUUGAGCUUAAUGCUAACAUAAAUAUGCUAACAGGUCUACAAGGGCAAUGCUAACAUGCUGAUAUUUAGGGUACUGUGGUGAGGUAUUAUACUAUUACCACCAUUUUAGUGUUAGCAUUUGCUAACGAGUCCUAGACACAAAGUACAGCUGAUAAUUAUGGAAAUGUCAUUAGCUUUACAAGCAUUUAGUCAUUAUUAAUUAAAUUGAAUUGUCUUGGAACCAUGAAUCAGUCUGUUAAGUAGAUGUGGUGGACCAACUGACAUACCAACAUUGCCAUCCAUUGAGCCAGGCCUUAGCAUUCCCUACGGGGUGUGAAAGUGAUGCAGUCAGCUAACCUGUGAGCAGACGCUCCGUGUUGUUAGCCAAGCUUAAAGCUAGCAAAACCUGAACCCAUAUAGCCGACCUUGUUUGGAAGAGAAAACUAAGGUGGACAACAAAAUUGCUAGCCAAAAUUUCUUGUUAAUGUCCGUCACAGUUUACUAGACCUACUGUACUUGCUUUAAUUCUGCAAACUGUUUACAACCUUUCUGAUUAUGUAACAGCUCAUUUCUCACCAUGCUCCCAGAUCUCAGCAGUUACUUUAGUGAAUAAAUACCAUAACAGAUAGAAAUGAUGGCCAAAACUGCAAUAAUCAGACCCAAAUUGUCAUAUCCCUUAACAUAUAACCAUAAAGAAAUUGUUGCAUCAUCUGAAUUUAACUCUCAGAAGUCCCAUGAUAAACUACUGAGACUGCAACUUUACGUUUCUAACACAUAAUCCUUGUUUCAGAGGUCGUGCUCAUUUCGCCAAGCUUUGUGAGACCCGUCUUCCUGUCGUCACCAUUCUUUCAUGGCUUUCACUCACCAGAGAAAAUAACAGAAUCAGCACUAAGCUAUAUUUAUUACCAUAGCCAUUUUUAUUUUUGCACAGAGUGGCUUUCAUCUUGAAGUCUCACUUACACUAUCUCUCACAGGUAGUGAAACGUAGGGGAACACUGAAUGGUAAGACAUAGAUCCCUGGGGAUCAGCACCAUUCCAGUGGGAUACAGAUAUUGUACUAUAUCUUUACAUAGUGUCACAAUGAUCUGAUAAGCUUGUUAAAUAUGUCUUCGUUCACAGCACACACACUAAAAGGGUUUUGAGUCUUUUGUAACAUUUUUUUCACUCAUUGUCUUAACUAUUGCAUAUUUAUUUUUGUUUUAUAUAUUUAUUAGAGUUUCUAUAUUGUAUGUCAUCCUUUUAUCAAGAGCACACAAUUCUUUAUAUAGGAAAUGUAGUUUUCAUACUUAAAAAUCCCAUCUCUGCUUUUUUGAAGGACCUUUCGUAGUAACAACUCUUUCAGAUGACAUUUGGAAAUGAAAUGUUUUGUGUUUUGUUUUGUUUUUUCAAAAUGUAAAAGAGCCAAAGACUAGGCCUGCAAUUUCAAAGGGAAAUGGGUCUAGAUUUUUCCACUGCCUUGUUGUGAUAAAAUAGGACCAAUUCACAAUUAAAAGACAAAAAAACGUUUUGUCCACAUGCUUUUCCACUACAAGAGCUUGUUUUUUUACACCCAUUUUAAUAUGGAGUAACGUGUGUUAGACUGUGGGCAUCCUGACUAGACUGUGUUUUUCCUACUUUGACGUCACUUGCAGCCAACAAUGGAACGUAACUGACAUUGACAACUUUGCUAGAAACCAACCAAUAUGAUGGCACGGGGUGUGAUCUAGCUCUGGUACACUCACCAAAUAUAUAGCAAAUAAUCAUCAUAACCUAAAUUUAUAAAGAAAUUCAAGAGUGAAAAGGGUCCUAGGAGUGUACUUUGAGGCCAACAGAUUUUUGUUUUGAAAUGAGAAAACCAAAAUUGGGAAAUGAGCUGUUUCCAGACAUAUAUUUAUAAAUAGGGAAACAAAAAAAUGGAGAAUGGGUAGGUGUUUUUGUUUUUAUUUUCAAAAGAAAAUAUGGAAAACUGGUUGUUUUUCCAUUUUCCAAACAGAAAAUUGGUAUUUUUCUCAGUUGGCCGCAAAGUACAAUAACCAACAAGACUGUCUUAAAGGUUCCAGUCGAUGAGUUUCAAGCCUGACUGUGGAGUGAGAUUUGGUGAGAAGCUCUCUCCAUAUCAAUUCAGAAAGUAUCUGGGCUAUAUGCUGACACAGGUUAUUUAAAGGUUAAAAUCACACUCACAUGGAGCAGAAACCACCACUGCACUGCUGUCCAGUGGUUAAAACUUUCUAGUGUAUUACAGUUCUGGUGAGACAUGGACAAACAUAGAGCAGUGGUUCUCAACCUAGUGGUCAGGACCCCCCAAGAGUUGGGUCCUGACCAGCACCAGAUGAUUAAAGGGAUACGAAAGAAAUCUGUAAUACAAAGUUACUAUUGUUUGUUUUCCAACUAAUUUUUGCUUUUUUCUUUCCUUUGAAUUAAACUAUUGGAGAAAUAAAGUUGCUGCUUGGUAGAACUGCUCUCAACAUGUCCACACUAUAGGACAGGGUAUCAUUCCAUUACUGUGUUUGAGCUGCAGUACCAGCAGGCCUGCAAACUCCAGGGGGAUUAAAAAAGUGACAGUUGUGAGAACAAAGCCAAACAUCACGUCACUUCUCUUCGCACCACUUUCAAUGUCUCACCACCGCCACUGGGCUAGACAAAGCUUAAAUGGUUGAAGGAACUCUAAAUUAUUACACAUAGUCACGUAGGUUCUUGUUGGCACGCGAUGUUAAUAAAGCUGAUUUUUUUUCGAUUCUUACCUCUCACAAAUAGCUGCUGGUUGUGUUAACAUUAGUAAGACUGAUAACAGCUGAAAACUGUCCUGUCCUUCCAGCAGUAGAUUCUCAUGGCUGGUUAGCUCUGACUACCAGCUCUACAUCUCUCCCAUGCUACACUGAGCAGUAGUCUCCCAUGUGUCUCUUGACCCUUUGGACAAGGUUACAUUACUAAAGCUUGUUAAACAACAUUUCAAGUUACAGCAACCAAAAACAGUUUCAUUAGAAACACGAAGGCAAGCAGGGUUCUGCCUGAAAGUGCAAUGUCUGCCAGGUGCCAUAUUUUAAUUUCAGAAUGGUGAAUAAAUGCCAGCUUUGGUUAUUUUCGAUACUUAGAACUUCCAGUUGGUAGCCAAAAAGCACUCAGGUUCACACUCAGACUGUAAAAUGUAAUGAGGGAGUCACAAGUGGACAUUUUAUUGGGUCAGAAACCAAAAAGGUUGGGAACCACUGCCAUACAGAACAGUGCAGCAGCAGCUCUGUGUGCAAACGUACCCGAACUUCACACACCAGAUGAACCAGUGGACACUGUUCGCUGAACACAGGAUUUCACCCGCAGCUUUGAACCACACAUACAUCUUUCGAUACCAGUUUUCAGUUGGUUCAUGUAAGAACUGAUUAUGAUAAUAAAGAUAUUGGUCCUUCUCUGGCACUUUUCACAUUCAUAUGGUAGAACAGUAGCUAGACAGUACUGCAGAGAUAGCUAACGUUCAGCUAUGUUUGGCAGGUGCAGUUCAGUAGAAAGAAAAUAGUCCCUAAAUAUACUGGAAAGAAAGCAGACAUCUUCAAAAACUCACACCAAACCAGUCUAGAGGGAUAAAUAGCAUAACAGGUUAGAGGACAAAUAUGUAGUUUUGAUGUUGGGGUGAACUGUCCCUUUUCUAGAGCACUAUUGUAGACAUACAUGCUCAGAAGGCUCAUAUGUAUUUGUGGUUGUGUUUUGUACUCUGACAGUCUCCAGGGCUGUAAUACAUAUGCCUGUUACUUAACCUUUGUGCUUCUUUAAAAAGACAAAUAUCCAUUUCCUGACGGCUGCAGUCUCUGGGGUUGUUUUGAAUUCUGCUUGGCUUUUUGUUUUGUUGCAUGCACACGAGAGGGCAUUACACCAGUGAGAAAGGCUUCUUAUUAGGUAAGAGACUUGUGGGUGUCUACUGCAGGUGAGAAAAUGUAACAUGCUGAUAUGGUACCAUUAUGAAGAUGUUCCGUAUCUGCAAACUGUCCACACCACUGAACACUGUGAGUCAAGU